AGAGAGAGAGAGAGAGAGAGAGAGAUCUGCCUCGAAGCCUCUCUCUUCCACUGGUUCCAGCUGCCCAUUUAGCAGAUUUCGCUUUAUUUUUACUCUCACCGAAUCCUAAAUUCGUCUCUCGCGUUGUUCUUCUCUGGAGAUGCAGGCAGAUCAGAGGAGAAAGGCUUUGAGUGAAGUAGAUUUCUUUACCGAAUAUGGUGAGGGUAGCAGAUAUCAAAUAGAAGAAGUAAUAGGAAAAGGGAGCUAUGGUGUAGUUUGCUCUGCUCUUGACACUCAUACAGGAGAAAAGGUUGCAAUUAAGAAGAUAAACGAUAUCUUUGAGCACGUGUCAGAUUCCACACGAAUUCUUCGUGAGAUAAAGCUUCUGAGGCUCUUGCGUCAUCCCGAUAUCGUGGAAAUCAAGCAUAUAUUAUUACCUCCAUCUAGAAGAGAGUUCAAGGACAUAUAUGUUGUUUUUGAACUCAUGGAAUCAGAUUUACACCAGGUUAUUAAGGCUAAUGAUGAUUUGACACCAGAACACUACCAAUUUUUUCUUUAUCAACUUCUUCGUGGCCUGAAAUAUAUACACACAGCCAAUGUGUUUCAUAGGGAUCUCAAACCUAAAAAUAUUCUAGCAAAUGCUGACUGCAAGCUCAAGAUUUGUGACUUUGGUCUUGCAAGGGUGGCAUUCAAUGACACCCCCACUGCAAUAUUUUGGACGGAUUAUGUUGCGACUAGAUGGUAUCGAGCACCGGAACUAUGCGGAUCCUUUUUCUCCAAGUAUACACCUGCUAUAGACAUCUGGAGUAUUGGUUGUAUAUUUGCUGAAUUACUAACUGGAAAACCUCUUUUUCCCGGGAAAAAUGUUGUCCAUCAAUUGGAUCUGAUGACUGAUCUUCUUGGAACUCCUGUUCCUGAAGCUAUUGCCAGGGUUCGCAACGAGAAAGCCAGGCGCUAUUUGAGCAGCAUGCGCAAAAAAAAGCAAAUACCGUUCUCUCAAAAGUUUCCAAAUGCCGAUCCCCUUGCUCUUUGUUUGUUGGAGAAGAUGCUUGCUUUUGAACCGAAGGAUCGUCCUACAGCAGAAGAGGCUUUGGCCGAUCCUUAUUUCAGGAAUAUAGCGAAAGUUGAGAGGGAACCUUCAGCUCAGCCAGUUACUAAAAUGGAGUUUGAAUUCGAGAGAAGAAGAGUGACCAAAGAUGAUAUAAGGGAGCUCAUCUACAGGGAAAUUCUAGAGUAUCAUCCAAAACUGUUGAAGGAGUUUUUGGAAGGGGAAGAUUCAACUAAUUUUAUGUAUCCAAGCGCGGUUGACCAGUUCAAGAAGCAAUUUGCUUAUCUUGAAGAACACUAUGGAAACGGUGCAACAGUGGCUCCACCUGAGAGGCAACACGCAUCAUUACCUAGGCCCUCUGUAUUUCGUUCAGAAAACACAGCACAUACCUCAAGUGACGCAGUUGUAGAAUUUUCCAAAUGUUCAAUUAAGGAAGAUGACAAAGCAAACACACAAUAUGAGAAUGGCGUAGCCCCAGUAACAAAGUUUCCUCUUCAGAUUUCUCAGAGGGCCCAAGGGUGAAGCUCCUAUCAUCAUCAAUAGGGUCAUGUUGGUUAUUAGAAAUACUAGCCCCGAUCAACCACCUCUAAAUGAGUCUCAAAGGGUCUUCAGAUGGAGAUGAAGAGAGAAUUGUUAUUGUCGUGAUUACGAUCAUCAUGUUACAAUGCAAUGUUUAUCGGAGAGGGUUUGCAUAUUUUACAACAACUCAAAAUGUUUGGUAUAAUGGAUUGUAACCAAAAUUAAAUGAACGCGGUCAGUUGAUAUGUUGAAGCUCCUAUCAUUAUCAAUAUGGUUAAGUCAGUUGUUAGGAAUACUGGCCCUGAUCAGCAGCCUCUAUGAACUUGGGAUCACCUGUUCUGUUCUUGGGUCUUCUCUCUCUAGAUGUCGAGGAAAAGUAACACCUUCUCUGGCUCCAAGUCUGUUACUGUCCGGCCCGAGAGCUUGGAGUUCACUAAGGCACAAAUGGAUGGUCUGCGGGGAAAAAAUAUGAUACUAUGAGACUUUGUCGUUGUUUCAAUCUGGUUGAUCUGAUGUAUCUUUUUUCAUGAUGUUACUAUGUUUUAUGGAUUUGUGGCUUUUUUAUGGUUGGAUAUUAUUGUAGACCAUUGUUACUGUUAAUAUUGAUUAUUUUCACCGUCGACUGUCCGUUCCUGUGUUGAUUAACUCCAACCUCUCGGGCCAAUUGUGAUAAGGUGAACUCUGAAUUACUUCGAACUAACGCUACUUUAAAAGUUUAUUGAUGUAGCUCGUACAUACUUCUAAGUUGCCUCCGAUAAAAUCUUAGUUAUGUAUGACCACAAAAAUUGUUCUUGUACCUCUUUCAAAUGGAACCUAUUAAUAUGCAGAGGACUUGAUUUAUCACCACUACACUCGUUUGAUAUAUGCAAAAAAUUUUGGCGGAUGUCCCUUUUUUUAUGAUAAUGCUGCCAUCUUUAUACAAAAUACACCAAAUCUAAAUGUGAAGUUUCACACUAUGAUUAUCCUUCAUAUUAAUAAUAUUAAAUCAAUAAUAUCAUAUAUUGCGCUCCACUUCCCUUCUGCAGCCAGAAAAAAAUUUGGGCCAGGAUCUCCUGACCAAAUUUGAAUAAGAGAUGGUUUAAUGUGCUUUGAAAUCAUUGUAAUACAUGAUAAAUCAAUACAAAUUAAUAUUACACUCAUCUCAAAACUAAUCCGAUGACAUUGUGACUCAUCUGCUAUAAGUUUUGAUCAAGGCCAAUUACUUGUGCU